AUGCGGUUGCAGAGUCUAAAUUAUUCAUUCAGACACUCCUCUCACUUUGAAUUAAUCAUGUUCCCCCUUCCAGCAAAUGUGAUUUGUCUUCCGCGGACAAACCAAAUUGAUGCCUUGCUGACCAUGAUACGAGAUAAAAAUACAACUCGUGGAGACUUCAUUUUUUACUCUGACAGAGUUAUUAGGCUUCUCGUUGAAGAAGGUCUGAACCAUUUACCAGUUGUGGAAAAGACCAUUGUGACCCCGACAGGUAACGAAUUCAAAGGCGUUCAGUUUAAAGGGAAGAUAUGCGGUGUAUCAAUUAUGCGAGCCGGCGAGGCCAUGGAACAAGGACUGCGUGAAUGUUGCAGGAGCGUAAGAAUCGGAAAAAUAUUGAUACAACGUGACGAAGAAACUGCACAGCCCAAAUUGCCUCCGGAUAUAAAAGAUCGAUAUGUCUUGUUGCUGGAUCCAAUGCUUGCAACCGGAGGUUCAGCCAUUAAAGCUAUUGAGGUGCUGCUUGAAAAUGAUGUCCCAGAAGAUAAAAUUUUGUUCUUGAAUUUACUUGCUGCUCCUGAGGGUAUCAAUGCGGUUACUUCGAAAUUUUCCAAACUCAAAAUUGUGACGGCGUUUGUAGAUCAAGCGUUGAACGAAAAGAAGUACAUUGUACCCGGAUUAGGGGACUUUGGUGACCGAUAUUUCACCUCACCAUAA